GUAGUAAGCUGACAAGUUCAGUCACCGUUGACCCAAGAGGAGGAGUGCUAUGGAUUCAGACGAUGAAAUGCGAGACACCUUCGAUGAGCAUGACAUCGGAGACCAGAACGGAGCCUGCGGAAGACAAAUGGGUCAAGAAAAUCGAGACUAUGUUCACCAGGGCGGCGCACAAGCGUUAGAAAACAGUUAUUUGGGCUCAUCGUUUGACGUUUCAGACGUUUCAUCAUCAGCUGGUUCAUCUGGAGCCCAAACUCCUCAAACCUGCGGUCUGCUCACUUCUCAAGGGGCUCAAGAUUUAAACUACCAUGAUUUUGUCAACGAUCAACAGCGUAGCACCAGGACACGACAAUCAACACCAAAAAAAUCACCACAAGGUUUCCCCAAUAAUGCGGCAAGUUUACCUUCGAUGUAUUUUAACCCAGCACCAUCUUGCCCAGGUUUCUCCAAUGAUCAACCAGGUUUAACUUCGUCUUUUUUUGACGCAACACCACCCAAUGAUGUGGCAAGUUUACCUUCGAUGUAUUUUAACCCAGCACCAUCUAGCCCAGAUUGUUUCGGUGCAACGUAUGACGUUUCAGACGCUUCGUCAUCAGCAUGUUCAUCUGGAGCCCAAACUCCUCAAUUAUGUCCUCUGCCCAGUGCCCAAGCUUGUGGAAUUCCUGAUGAUGACGAAUAUUCUUCUGUGUUUUUAGAUGAAAAAUCCCAUGCCUCAGCAUGUGGAAUCCCGAAUACAGAUAUGUCAGACUCUUCGUUGCACCUUGAUAAUCUGUACAGGCAUGCGCAACAACCAGCACGUAGAAUCCCGAAUCCAGAUAUUUUAGACUCUUCGUUGCACCUUGAUAAUCUGUACGGCUCUGGAGGCAGGCCUGCACGUAGAAUGCCGAAUCAAGAUAUUUUAGACUCUUCGUUGCACCUUGAUAAUCUGUACGGCUCUGGAGGCAGGCCUGCACGUAGAAUGCCGAAUCAAGAUAUUUUAGACUCUUCGUUGCACCUUGAUAAUCUGUACGGCUCUGGAGGCAGGCCUGCGCACCAACCAGCAUGUAGAAUCCCGAAUCCAGAUAUUUUAGACUCUUCGUUGCACCUUGAUAAUCUGUACGGCUCUGGAGGGAGGCCUGCGCACCAACCAGCACGUAGAAUCCCGAAUCCAGAUAUUUUGGACUCUUCGUUGCACCUUGAUACUCUGUACGGCUCUGGAGGCAGGCCUGCGCACCAACCAGCACGUAGAAUCCCGAAUCAAGAUAUUUUAGACUCUUCGUUGCACCUUGAUAAUCUGUACGGCUCUGGAGGCAGGCCUGUGCACCAACCAGCAUGUGGGAUCCCAAUGUCAGAUAUGUCAGACUCUUCGUUGCACCUUGAUACUCUGUUCGGCUCUGGAGGGAGGCCUGCGCACCAACCAGCACGUAGAAUCCCGAAUCCAGAUAUUUUAGACUCUUCGUUGCACCUUGAUACUCUGUACGGCUCUGGAGGCAGGCCUGCGCACCAACCAGCACGUAGAAUCCCGAAUCCAGAUAUUUUAGACUCUUCGUUGCACCUUGAUACUCUGUACGGCUCUGGAGGCAGGCCUGGGCACCAACCAGCACCUAGAAUCCGGAAUCAAGAUAUUUUAGACUCUUCCAUGUACCUGGAUAAUCUGUUCGACACUGAUGGCUCGUCUGAUUAUCGAGGCACAUCCUCUGAUGGUUAUGCACGUAUACCUCCUGGUGGUAUAACCCAGGCUACAUGUGCACCACCUAAGGCCGGAGGAGCACAGGCCGUUGAUACAGGAUAUCAGACUUGGCAGGAUUUUCUGCAUGGUUCAGAUAAUGGAGAUGCAUUGACCGAUCAACCUAUGAACCUCUUAAACCAGUCUCUGCCUUUGAAAGGAAAUACAGCGACAAAAUCGAAAAGACGAUUCUCCGUUGAUUAUAGCAGUCAACCUAUGGUACAAAAAACAGGUGCUGCAGCGGCUGCCAGUUCGCAACCCAUGAAAUUAGCUUUAAAUGUGGGUGGAAGUAAAAGAUUUAAAGCAGCUGAUUUAGAUUCUUGCCCUUUGGACAUCUUUAGUCGACCUGUGACGAGUAAACCAGCAUCAUUACCGCAAGGGAGUUCCACGUUGUCAACAUAUGCACCAAAUCAACAAAUGCGGAAUAAGGUUCGGCGUACUUUGGAUUUCACAUCUCCCUUCAAAAGUAUUUCCGCUGGAAGGAGCAGCUUUGCAGGACCGUUCGGCCAAGGGUCAGGUGCACCAGCGGCUGCCAGUUCACAACCCAUGCAUUUGCCUUCAAAUAUAUGUGCAAGUGCACCAGCGGCUGCCAGUUCGCAACCCAUGCAUUUGCCUUCAAAUAUAUGUGCAAGUGCACCAGCGGCUGCCAGUUCACAACCCAUGCAUUUGCCUUCAAAUAUAUGUGCAAGUGCACCAGCGGCUGCCAGUUCACAACCCAUGAAUUUGCCUUCAAGUAUGGGUGCAAGACCAAAACUAAGAAAUGCAGUCCAGCAAGGGAAUGUGGCAUCGCAGGGAUUGCCAAUAAAGGCUCAACAUCCUUUGGGAUCCAAUGCUAACAGACCUCCAGGUGGACCUCCUCCAAAUAGACCCACUGAUAGAAAUAUGAAAAUUUCUCAGGCUGCGGCGGCAGCGACAGGCCAGGGUGCAUGUAGUCAACACAUUCCUCCGGCUUUGGCAGCGACAGGCCAGGGUGCAGGUAGUCAUCGCGUUCCUCAGGCUCAGGGAGCGACAGGCCCUGGUGCAGGAAGUCAUCACGUUUCUCAAGCUCCGACGUCGACAGGCCAGGAUACAGAACUGGAGAAAGCUUACCACGUCAUUGGAGAAAUUGCUUUUCAGUUAGAUCGCAGAAUUUUGAGUUACAUCUUUGUUGAUCAACAUCGAUUGUAUGGAUUCAGAGUAGGUGAAAUUGAUGGAAGAAUCAGUGAGAUUAACCGCACUGGUAGUCAAGGUGGUGCAAUGCAGGCACGGAACAAUGAAAUAAUGGACAUUCUGCAAACCUAUGGUUACUCUCCUAUCAACCAUGCUGAAUUGUCGGAAUUGAUCGUAAACACCUUUGGCAUCCUGAGUGAAAAACCACCGUGCCAACAAACGUUAGAUAAUUACAACAAUCGGGACUAUCUGCACAAAUUGAUCGUUGAUUACGCCCCACCAAAUUUUGUGAACGACUUGCUGGUGUUCCUUAACUCUCUAUGGCACCUGUCGGUGGCGGAUGGCAAACCAAUGUUUCUUUGGUAGGUGUUGCCAGAGCACGGAAAUGAAAUCAUGGAACUACUCCUCCUUCAAUUAAAUAGGAAGUAAACACCUCAUUGUCUGAAUUAAAAGCACGGUACAACCAGAGCAUCAGUCCUAUUAAGCACCAUCAUCAAUAACAUCCAGGAUUGACUGGUAACAAUGAACUCAUAACUCCCCUCUGAAGUGGUCAACAGAACAUUAAAGAUAAAUGUCAGCCUUGUCUUAAUGUCAACAUCUCAUGAACUAAUAAAUAUAAAAA